ACUGGUUUACUACUACUAAUAUCCUCCAUGAUGAUGUUUGGUACUUCUCGAAAGUUCAAGUCACGUUUUCUUCCUUUUGUCUUUGGCUUUGAUGUGUGAUUUGAAAGACUGCCUUUGUACGGAAAGCAAGACGUUGUUGAGAGUCACCUACAAAGACAGAGUAACAGGGUAGUAACAAAGAGACAGACAGUUACCGCCAGAGAAAGGCGGCUGCAAACUGAGGAGGGGAGGGACAUCAUGGAAUGCUGUGAUGUCAUCAGCUCAGUCAUACACACAAAGACAAGGAGCCUCUCAGCUUACUUCGCAUACUCUGUUGCGGAGCAGCUGUCUACAUCCUGCUACGCUGCCAAUGAUGACAGGAAACUGACUUCUCAGCGCGUGGGAAGAAGCCGGCAGAAAAGAAGGUUUAGCCUAUCUUCUAAUGUAUGAGGAUGUACACUCGCCUUGACUUGUGAUCCAGAGGAGCAUCCUUCAGGGGGAAGGAGGCCAUCAACAUGCUGCAGCAGAUCCUUAAGGACAUGUACAUCGACCCUGAUGUGCUGGAGGCUCUCAAUGAAGACCAGAAAAAGACUCUGUUUCUGAAGAUGCGCCAGGAGCAAGUGCGACGCUGGAAAGAACGUGAGGAGAAAGUGGAGAAAGAAGGCGGGGAUGCAGAGAACAAGCGAACAAAGCCAAAAAAAGCCAACAGCAAGAAUGUGAGCUGGCUGCUCGGGCGCGAUGGAGACGUGGCUGUCAUUGUGAUCGGGGAAGUGGACGAGCUGACUUCCAAAUUCAUCUGCUCAGGACUGGGAGAAAAGAAAGCGCCCAGUGCACAAAACAACACAGUAAAUCAAACCAUCUUGAAGAGCAGAAAAAACACGGAAGUCACGACUGAGAGAGAGAAUGUCCCUUGUCAGACACAACCUGAAAUAUCUCUGAAUUUAAAGGGGAAAUGUGAAAAGGAGAGCACUUUACUCCCCCUACCGGUGUCAGUGAGUGAGCAUUCAUCAGCAUCCUCAACUGCUCAGAAGCAAGAGGAGGAGUCAUCCAGCGGGAUCGAGGAGAAGCCCGUCUCCCAGCCCUCCAUCAACCCCAAGCUUCCCAGGAGAACCAACGCUGUCAUUGUGAGGCCGGCCUCCGCAAACGUGGCGCCAGGCCCCAUCAACGCAAGACAAGGGGUCACAAAUCUGAGGCAGGUCGUCACGGCGCCAGCUCUUCCCCUCCCCAGCGGCGUGGUCAAAGCAGACUGUGGGACAACGUCAGCCUCCAAAGGGGCCUUGCAGUCACAAGGCCCCGCGAAGAUUAAGGAGCCCCAGCAAGCCAAAGUAUCUACGUCCAAUCUGCCCGACAGGGCAGCCUCACUGAAGGUGGGCUCAUCAGGGACCACGCCGUCCAACGCAGGGCGGGGCAGAGUGGCUCAACUGAUGAAAACCUUCAGCAUCGAUAACGUUCCGACACCCACGCACACACCGUCUCGAGGUGUCAAGCCCCCUCUCCCCACUAAGCCUAGCCACUUGUGCGUAGCCAGCACUCCUUCUGUCAGGUAAUCCAGGUGCCGAACCCAAAGAUUCUAAAUAGAAGCCACACUGGACGGGUGGACAAUGGACGGAGACCAGUGAAGAUUGUUAUGUUGCUGUCGCUCCAAAAGCACAACAAAUGGAAAUGCUUGAAUGUGUUAUCUCUUAAUUGACCCAUGCAACAGUACUGUAAUGUAAACAUUCUCACUGGGACAGAAAUUUGUAUUUGCCAACCAAUGCCAAACACAUCUACUUCCUGUUCAUGGUAUUGUUUAUAUUGGCUCAUGUGUGUUUUCUUUUCAUAUAUGAGAUGGAGCAUGGGUCAGGUGGAAUAAGGUACUGAAGGAUCCUUUUUUUUAAUGGUGUGUCACAUGCCGCUGCCCCAGUGCGACCUAUUGAGGACCAAUGAUGUUGCCAAAUAUUCCCACCCCUAUCUGUGCCAGCGGAUCAAACCCUGGCACAGAUAGGGGUGAUGGUCAUUGCCAAAAUAAACAAAUGUGCUCAGUGUUAUGUCUCAGUACCAUAGUUACAGACUUGUACAUGUUUUUUUUUGUUUUUUUACUUAUUUACAAUGAUAUGUAAUGGAUCAUUUUACAGCUUGUACAACUAUAGCACAUUGGAUGUCAAGCUUGGAUGUUUGGAUGAGAGGUAAUAAAAAAAUGUAUUUAUC